CGAUACAACGGAUGUAUCGUCCAGCUCGACGUUCAGCGUGCUGCCUGCAUUUCAAUUCCAGUUCCCAAGAAUCUAAGAUCUGAGCGUGCGAGUAUCUGCUACGUGCCGUGGUCAUUAUGCACAGGUACUAAAGCACCAAAGCAAGAGUCCUUAUCAUGCUGGAUGUUGGAAAGUGGCCUAUAUUUGCUCUUCUUCCACCUGAGGACUUGAAGUUAAUUCACCAGGCAUGUGUUUAUGGAAGUUCUGGAAAUGAAGCCCUCUAUGUUACUGUGAAUGAUGAGGUGUUUGCCAUCGGUACAAACUGUAGUGGCUGUCUUGGAAUAGGAGAUAUUCAGAACACUAUUGAGCCCAGGAAAGUAGAUGCCUUGUGUGGGAAGAAGAUCGUAUCUCUGAGUUAUGGAACAGGACCCCAUGUGGUUAUUGCUACUGCUGAGGGAGAGGUGUAUGCCUGGGGACAUAAUGGAUAUAGUCAGUUAGGAAAUGGAACUACAAACCAAGGACUGGCACCUGCUCAAGUGUCCACUAAUCUACUGAACAAGAAGGUUACUCAGGUGGCCUGUGGCUCUCACCACACUAUCGCCUUAACACAGGAUGGAGAGGUUUAUGCUUGGGGUUACAAUAAUUCUGGACAGGUUGGAUCAGGGUCCAAUGCAAACCAGCCAACUCCUAGAAGAGUGAGCAGCUGCUUGCAAAAUAAAGUUGCAGUAAAUAUUGCUUGUGGACAGUUGUGCUCCAUGGCUGUACUGGAUAACGGAGAGGCAUAUGGUUGGGGCUAUAAUUGUAAUGGACAGCUUGGAUUAGGAAACAACAGCAAUCAACAGACUCCAUGCAGAAUAGCAGCUUUGCAAGGUGUAAAUGUUGUGCAGAUUGUAUGUGGCUAUGCUCAUACGUUGGGUUUAACAGAUGAAGGGCUGGUUUAUGCCUGGGGGGCAAACUCUUAUGGUCAGUUGGGUACAGGAAAUAAGAGUAACCAGUCCACUCCAACUCUAAUAAACCUCGACAAAGAAAGGGUGCUGCAGAUUGCUACCUGCCAUUCCACUCACACUUCGGCAGCUAAAACACAAAGUGGCCAGGUGUUGAUGUGGGGUUACUGUCGAGGCCAUUCCAUCGUCAGCCCACUCCCUACGCACUUUACUGUCACUGAUGAUGUGUUUGCAUGCUUUGCCACACCAGCAGUCAUGUGGCAUCUGCUAACUGUAGAGGCUGAUGAUUACUUAACAGUAGCUCAAUCACUGAAGAAAGAAUUUGACAGCCCUGAAACAUCCGAUCUAAAAUUUCUUGUAGAUGGCAAAUGCAUACAUGUGCACAAAGCUCUUCUCAAAAUCAGGUGUGAACAUUUUCGGGCCCUGCUGUCAGAACGAGAUGAAGAAUCAAUACAGAUCCAACAAUUCUCGUACUUGGUCUACAGGGCUUUCUUAGAAUACCUUUAUACAGACAGCAUAAAUCUCGCACCAGAAGAUGCAAUAGGACUGUUGGACUUGGCGACUUUUUAUAGAGAACCCCGGUUGAAAAGACUCUGCCAAGAAACCAUCAAGCGAGGAAUAUCUGAAGAGAACGCCAUUUCACUCCUGUCUGCUGCAGUUAAAUAUGAAGCUCGGGAUUUAGAAGAGUUUUGCUUCAAGUUCUGUGUCAAUCACAUGACGGCGGUCACUCAGACUCAAGCCUUUGCGGAAAUGGACUAUGACCUCCUGAAGAACUUCAUCAGCAAGGCGAGCCGGUACGGAGCGUUCAAAAACUGAAUGGGCCGAGGCGUGAAGCGGUGAGUGGACUGGUGAGCAAAGAAUCCUGCCAUCCCGAGUCGACGAGAAUCAUGUGUUUAUAUGUGAAGCACUUUUUAUACUUGUCUUCAUUAAUGGAAUGUUUGUUUGGGGAAAAAAUAUAUCCGCUUGUCCAACAAAUGAAGGUUUGCCCAGUCGAUUUCUCUGUUGUGUUUUCUUUGUGAAGAAGGAAAUGAAGGUUUAGUAUUUCUAGCAUUGUUAUGAACAUUCAAAAUGAUUGUUUUAAAAAAAGUGGAUGGCCUGGAAAGUAAUAAAACACUUCAAUGUUUUCUGCCCCCA